AUGGGUAAUGUCUUUCAUCUCAGUUGCGCUCAGUCCUGUCAUCUUCGAGAGCUGGAUCUGUGCGCAGCUACUCUUGUUCUCUUCAACCAAAGCCCGACAGGUGUCGCCACCAACGAACCAGACCUCAACAGACAGUGCACGUAUAUCAAUGAAGCUGAGCAAUGCUUCAAAAACUUUACCUUGCGCUGCAUGACUCCCCUGCAGAGGGAGCUCCUUGGAUUUGUGAGCGAAGGAUCAGAAAAACUGCUCAACGAGUACUGCACCCCCGGAACGGACCUCAGAGCAAAUUAUUUGAAACAUGCCCCGUGCCUGAACGAUGCACAUAGUCUCCAAAAAGAAUGCUUAACAGAUUUACAAGCCGGGCUGGAAGCUAUUUCUACCUCAGAAUUUCAGAACAGGAUACCGAUGGCUUGCUGUGGAUACCAGAGGUACAUGUCUUGUGCUAGAACAACGGUCGAAAAGAAAUGUGGAAAAGCUGCCGUGGAUUUCAUGCAACUGCUGCUACGAAACGCUGUGUCUAGGCUGCCUGAUAUUGUCUGUACUGGAUAUGGCUCCGAGAAUCAUGAGUGCCACAAGUUACUCCCACCGCCUGGCACGCAGCCUCAAGGUUCCAAGUCGGAUUCAGUGCUUUCUCGAUUGUUUGCGGCGUAUCUAGGCAAUUGAAGGAUUCAUCAAUUGUGAUUGAAUAACAUUUAGUUCCAUUUCACAUCAUUCUAGAUCUUUGAAAAGCAGUGUUCGAAUAUGAUUUUAAUCCUGUGGCGAGGAAUUUUCUUUUCAAAGGAGUUGGUUUGGAAACAAUCUAAUACAAUUGAACUAAUUUGUAUCAGCGUUGGAACAUUCAAUGGCCACCAAAUAUUUGCUAUAUCUGU